AUGGAUGAUCAGACAAAAACUUUAAAGUAUCUGGUAUCAGUAGAAAAAUUAGCGGAUGAAAUUUUAAGUGACAAACGUGAAAUAGUAUUAUUGGAUAAAAGGAGAAAUCAAAACCGGGAAGCUUUGAGGGACCUGGCAAAAUCCAAACCAAAGAAAUGUUGGGUUACCGUUGGUUCUGUGCUUGUUAAACACAAUAUGGAGUCAACAAAAUCAUUGCUAGAAGCAGAUCAGAAACAACUUGAUAUCGAUAUUAACACAUUACGUAGUAAUCUUAAAGUAAAAGUUAACAAUUUAAGAGAUUUGGAAAUGCAAGCCCCUGUGCCUGGUCUAAUGUUAGUUCCAAUGUCAAACAGGGAAACUGAAGCUUUGUCUAGGAGUGGAUUAAUUCAUUGA